AUGGCGCGGGUGGCCGCGUCGCAGCCCGGGCCGUCGGCCCAGCAGCAGCCGCGGCUGACCGCCACGGUGCUCGCGGCGAACGUCACCCGCUGGAGCGCGAGCUGGCGCGGGCUGCUCGCCGCUGGGGCUGAAGCGCGGCGCGCGCAGGAGGCGCGCAUCCCUGCUGCCGGCACGGAGGCUGCGCAGGUGGGCGCGUUUGGCAGGCAUCCUGGGCGUUUGCAGCAUUUCGCUAUGCAUUUUGGCGGUGCGAGGGCAGUUCAUGUCAUGAAUUGCUAUGGGUACGCGGGUGGCCGGCCAGACUCCGAGCGGAACGCGGACCUCAUACUGGAGGGCUUGGAGUGGCUCCGUGGCCUCGGGGGCGUCCCAGCCUUCAUGGUUGGAGACUUCAACUGCAGCCUGUCGGAGGUCGGGCUCGACGCGCUGCUCGGCCUGGCCGGCUGGAGGGACUUGCUGGCCGCGCUCGGGCCCACUUGCGCCCCUUCCAGUGGCAGCCCCUCGCGGAUCGACUACGUGCUGGCGAGCCCCGCCGCGCUGGACAUGGUCCGCUCGGCUCCAGCACUUGCGAGACUUCGCCAACCAGUGCUGGCGUUGGACGGGCCGGCUGGUGAGGGCUGGUCACCAGCAACCGCCCGGGACGCCACGGCCGCAGUCCCGGGGCGCUUCGAGCGGGAUUUCCGGCGGGCACUUGCGGAGCACAACCUGGACGAGGCUUGGCAACAGCUCGACGGGGCGAUGCGUCUCUGGCUCGCGCGGCGCAUGGGCCUGGCGGUCACUCCAGCGCGCCCCCAUGCAGCCUCGGCCAUGCGCGCCGAGCGCCCCCCCACCUCGGGCGGGGGAGGGGAGGCCGCCGAAGCUGCUGCGGACGCGGCGCUGCUGCGACCCCGGCGUCUCCGCAACCUUCGGAUGACGCUGGGGCGCACUACUGUUUCCGCCCGGCAGGCUUCGGCGGCAACCAUCCAGGCGCUCCGUUCGGCUGAUGCCGCUUGCCCGGAUUGGGCCCCGGCGAUGGCGGCGCUGCAGCUGGGCGCCCUGGUCUCUGAGGCGAUGGCGGUGCGCGCCGAGGCCGAAUGGCACCGCCGGGUGGCGGAUUCGCUUGAGGACCGCCAGGGGCGGCUGUAUCGCUGGAUUCGCGGCGGCGGCAACAUGGGCGCUGAGCUCGUGCCUGCUGGUGGGUCUGGCGGGGAAGCUCCUGGCAGCCGCCCGCGGUUGCUCGCCUUGCAGGGCGGCCCUGCGGCGCGCCUGCGGCGCUACGAGGGGCCGCGGAAGGCGAUCUGGCAGGCUCCGCCCGCCCCUCCAGUCGCGGAGGAGUGGCUGCAGGAGCUCGAUGGCCCCCCGCCAUUCCCGGACCGGACCCCCUGGACAGCAGGGAUGGUCGGCUGGCUGCUGCGGCGAAUGUCAAAGCGGAAGAAGCCAGGGCUGGACGCUUGGGCUGUCGGCGAGCUCCGGCUGCUGCCUGCCGAGCUGCACGGGUGGAUCGCCGACCUGUUCGAGGAGGUGGAGGCCCGCGGCGAGCGGCCGCGCGAGCUCGCCGAAGCGGAGGGCCUGCUGCUCCCGAAGCCUG